CCGUACGCGGGAGCCGUCAUUCGGUGGCGGGUCCCGGCCGCGGGGCUGGCGGGCUGAGGGGAGGAAAGAUGGCGGCAGCGGCGGCAGCUGGUACGGCUUCGGGGCUGCCGGGUCCAGUGGCACAGGGAUUGAAGGAGGCGUUGGUGGAUACCCUCACCGGGAUCCUGUCCCCCGUGCAGGAGGUGCGGGCGGCUGCAGAGGAACAGAUUAAGGUGCUGGAGGUGACAGAGGAAUUUGGUGUUCACCUCGCAGAGCUGACUGUAGAUCCUCAGGGGGCACUGGCCAUCCGUCAGCUGGCAUCAGUCAUCUUGAAGCAGUAUGUGGAAACUCACUGGUGUUCCCAAUCGGAAAAAUUCAGACCUCCUGAAACUACAGAAAGGGCAAAAAUUGUUAUCCGGGAGCUAUUACCCAAUGGGUUGAGAGAAUCAAUAAGCAAAGUGCGUUCCAGUGUGGCCUAUGCUGUGUCAGCCAUUGCCCAUUGGGAUUGGCCUGAAGCCUGGCCCCAACUCUUCAGUCUGCUCAUGGAGAUGUUGGUGAGCGGAGACUUAAAUGCCGUCCAUGGAGCCAUGCGUGUGUUGACAGAGUUUACUCGAGAAGUGACAGACACACAGAUGCCACUUGUUGCUCCUGUCAUUCUCCCAGAGAUGUAUAAGAUAUUCACCAUGGCUGAGGUGUAUGGGAUUCGAACUCGUUCCCGAGCAGUAGAGAUUUUUACUACUUGUGCCCAUAUGAUCUGUAACAUGGAGGAGCUGGAAAAGGGUGCAGCCAAAGUCCUGAUCUUUCCUGUGGUGCAGCAGUUCACAGAGGCCUUUGUUCAGGCCCUCCAGAUGCCAGACGGCCCCACAUCUGACAGUGGUUUUAAGAUGGAGGUUCUGAAGGCAGUGACAGCCUUGGUGAAAAACUUCCCGAAGCACAUGGUGUCCUCCAUGCAGCAGAUCCUGCCCAUCGUUUGGAACACUCUGACUGAAAGUGCUGCUUUUUAUGUGAGGACGGAAGUGAAUUACACAGAGGAAGUGGAAGAUCCUGUGGAUUCUGAUGGAGAAGUCCUAGGCUUUGAAAACCUCGUCUUUAGCAUUUUUGAAUUUGUCCAUGCCCUACUAGAAAACAGCAAAUUCAAAAGCACCGUUAAAAAGGCUUUGCCGGACCUUAUUUACUACAUUAUCCUGUACAUGCAGAUCACCGAGGAGCAGAUUAAAGUGUGGACAGCUAACCCACAGCAGUUUGUAGAGGAUGAGGAUGAUGACACUUUCUCCUACACUGUUAGAAUCGCAGCUCAAGACUUGUUGCUGGCUGUGGCCACAGAUUUCCAGAACGAGAGUGCAGUGGCCCUGGCUGCGGCAGCCACUCGGCAUUUACAAGAAGCUGAGCAAACCAAAAGCAGUGGUACUGAGCACUGGUGGAAAAUCCAUGAGGCCUGCAUGCUUGCUCUAGGCUCAGUAAAGUCCAUCAUCACUGACAGUGUGAAAAAUGGCAGGAUCCAUUUUGACAUGCAUGGGUUCCUGACCAACGUCAUCCUUGCAGACCUCAACCUGUCAGCGUCUCCCUUCCUCCUGGGACGGGCCCUCUGGGCUGCCAGUCGUUUUACUGUUGCUAUGUCCCCUGAGCUGAUUCAGCAGUUCCUACAGGCCACAGUCAGUGGUCUUCAUGAAACACAACCCCCAUCAGUACGGAUUUCUGCUGUGAGAGCCAUCUGGGGUUAUUGUGAUCAACUGAAAAUCUCAGAGAGUACACAUGUGCUUCAGCCCUUCCUCCCCAGCGUCCUUGAUGGCCUGAUUCACCUAGCAGCGCAGUUCAGCUCUGAGGUCCUCAACCUGGUGAUGGAGACCCUGUGCAUCGUUUGUACUGUUGACCCAGAAUUCACAGCAAGCGUGGAAAGCAAAAUCUGUCCCUUCACCAUCGCCAUUUUCCUAAAGUACAGUAAUGAUCCUGUUGUCGCCUCGCUGGCUCAGGACAUCUUCAAGGAGCUGUCACAGAUUGAAGCCUGUCAAGGCCCCAUGCAGAUGAGGCUUAUUCCCACUCUGGUCAGCAUAAUGCAGGCCCCAGCAGACAAGAUCCCUGCAGGGCUCUGUGCGACAGCUAUUGAUAUCCUGACCACGGUGGUGCGAAAUACAAAGCCUCCCCUUUCCCAGCUCCUCAUCUGUCAAGCUUUCCCUGCUGUGGCACAAUGCACCCUUCACACGGAUGAUAAUGCCACCAUGCAGAAUGGUGGAGAGUGCUUGCGGGCCUAUGUGUCAGUGACACUGGAACAGGUAGCCCAGUGGCAUGAUGAGCAAGGCCACAAUGGACUAUGGUACGUGAUGCAGGUGGUGAGCCAGCUCCUGGACCCACGGACUUCCGAGUUCACUGCAGCCUUUGUGGGCCGCCUGGUCUCCACGCUCAUCUCCAAGGCAGGGCGGGAGCUUGGGGAGAACCUGGACCAGAUCCUUCGUGCCAUCCUCAGUAAGAUGCAGCAAGCAGAGACACUCAGCGUCAUGCAGUCUCUGAUCAUGGUGUUUGCUCAUCUGGUGCACACUCAGCUGGAACCUCUGUUGGAGUUCCUGUGUAGCCUCCCAGGACCGACUGGCAAACCUGCCCUGGAGUUUGUGAUGGCUGAGUGGACAAGCCGGCAGCAUCUGUUUUAUGGACAGUAUGAAGGCAAAGUUAGCUCUGUGGCACUGUGCAAACUGCUUCAGCAUGGUAUCAAUGCAGAUGACAAGCGGCUACAGGAUAUUCGUGUAAAGGGAGAAGAGAUCUACGGCAUGGAUGAAGGCAUUCGGACCCGCUCUAAGUCAGCCAAAAACCCGGAGCGCUGGACAAACAUUCCUUUGCUGGUCAAGAUCCUAAAGUUGAUUAUCAAUGAACUCUCCAACGUCAUGGAGGCCAAUGCGGCUCGCCAGGCCACUACCGCUGAGUGGAGUCAAGUAGAUGAUUCCAAUGAUAUGUGGGAGGACCAAGAGGAAGAGGAAGAGGAGGAGGAGGAUGGUUUAGCUGGCCAGCUUUUAUCUGACAUCCUUGCUACAAGUAAAUAUGAGGAGGAUUACUAUGAAGAUGAUGAGGAAGAUGACCCUGAUGCCCUGAAGGAUCCUCUCUAUCAGAUUGAUCUACAGGCAUAUCUCACCAACUUCCUUUGCCAGUUUGCUCAGCAGCCCUGUUACAUAAUGUUUUCGUGCCACCUUAAUGACAACGAGAAGCGGGUUCUACAGGCCAUCGGCAUCUAAAAGGGGAUCUUCAACCUGUGUUUCCUCUCCGGCCCAGCCACAGACCGUUCUGCAGCCCUCAGUGGUCUUGAGAUGCACUUUCUCUCAGCCUGGAGUGGCUUCCUGGCCCAUGGCCUCGACAGUGACACUGACAGCUCAGUCCUUGCUCACCAAGGCUGGCAUUUAAAAAUGCUAAAACAAAGGACACUUCUCAAAGUCCUGUGAAGAUACCCCAAAUCUGGAACUGUUUUCUCCCCAGCUCUACCCCUACCUCCAGAUUCCUAGCGUCUUUUCUUGGCCAGAAACAUUGAUACCCAGAAGGAUUAUGGGUUCCUGAUUAUUUGCCCCACCUCAGGAGCACAGGAAGUCACUACCGUUUAUAUUCAGAAACAUACCUGUUCAUUUUCAUAGGACAUCUGAUGUGUUCAGACAGGAGUCCCCUUGAGAGAUCAUUAUGCUUUCUACCCUCUUUCCCGAUGCUCUAGGUUCUUGGUAGGAACAAGUUGGAACAGCUACAUACUAAGCCCUUUCCAGUGACCUCCCUCCAUGCUUUCCUCAUGCAACACUAAGGCUCCUCUGUCAAAGGAGCCAUCUUCCCAUCUCUGCUUCAUUGCAUGACACAGCCCCUCCCCCAGGCUGUCCCUAUAUAUACAUGCACACACGAAAUAAGCCAGACAGAUGGUAACUUGUCUUUCUUUUUUAGGAAAAAAAAAAAAUCAGGAAAAAGAUUUUUAUUUCUAAAUCUGCCUGACCCAUCUAUAUUUAAUAUGCCUCUUGUACGCAUAACCACAGAGCCUGAUACUCAAAGGUUAUCCCUAUCCCUCAGGAAUCCUCUAAAGUGGUUGAGUUGUAGCCCUCGAAUUUACAACAUGUAUUUUUCUAGGACAGUAAAGCAAUCUUUACAAAUGAA